AUGCGCUCCCCGCUACACGACCACACCCUCCCCUCAGACGCCCAAAUCACCAACCCAGACAUCAAAUCCAUCAUCUUCUUCUGGUUCCAACGCGAUCCCCUGGAAUGGAUCAUCCCACCUCCCGGUCUCGACGCAGAACUCAAAACCAGAUUUGAACAUCUAGUUCUGAAAGCGAGGAAAGGUGAGCUGGAUCACUGGACCGAGACCCCUGCGGGCUGUCUGGCGCUUGUGGUCCUGCUCGAUCAGUUCUCGAGAAAUCUUUUCAGGGAUAGGCCGGAGGCUUUUGGGGGGGAUGUGAGGGCGAGGGGGAUCGUGAGGGGCGUUGUUGGACAAGGGUGGGAUGGGGAGGUCGGUGUGGUGCAGGCGAGUGCGUUUUUUGUUUGUGCGGUGCAGCAGGAGGGGGUGUAUGAUGUUGGGGUUGGGAGGGAGGGGUUUGCGAGGUUGGUUGAGAGAUGUAGGGUUGUUGAGGAUGGUAAGGCUGGAGGGGAGAGUGAUGCGGGGAAGAGGGAGGUGGAGAGGAAAUGGGUUGAGAUGGGUUUCAAAGCUGCCGAGAAACAUUUACAGUUGUUGGAGCGGUUUGGGAGGUAUCCUACUCGUAAUAAGAUCCUGGGACGGGCGGAUACGGAGGAGGAGAGGAGGUUUCUGGAUGAGUAUAAGCCUAGUCUUGAGUGA